CACCAUUAGAGUAUACAAGCUAUACGAAGAUUUAUUUAGUUACUUGGUUGUAGUAGUUCGUUUGUGUUGAACUUAGCGAUUGUAGAAUUAUAACUGUUUUUCGUUAAUAUGGGAAAGCGACGACUCAACUACCUCGUUAUCAUUUUCAAUUUUCUGAGCUUUAUCUUUGGUGCUGCUGUUCUCGGCCUUGGUAUAUGGGCUGCCGUACAAAGUGGAGGGCUCAAUAAUGUGGUGAAUGAUGUAAUGUACGCAGGGAUCUAUAUUCUAAUAGCAUGUGGUGCUGUGGUGAUGCUGUUAGCAUUCUUUGGAUGUUAUGCAUCCGUUGCUGAAAGUCAACCAGCUAUUGUGGCGUACUGCGUCAUUUUGCUUGUGAGCGUUGGACUUGAGAUCGCAAGCUGCAUCAUCCUUUUUGUUUUCUAUAACGCAUCAAGGAGUGGUUUAAGUGAUUCAUACAUGACGAAGUAUGGCAUCGAUACUUCUAUAACUACAUCAUGGGACGAAGCUCAGCUAAAAGGAAAAUGCUGCGGAAAAGAAUUUUCGUCCGAUUGGGACAAAUCCUUCUUUUACAAAGCAAAUGGAACUUACCCGUUAUCCUGUUGUGUUAGAGACGCUGAAUCGAACAUUGUAGACUUGGAGAAAUGCAACAAUGGGGAACAUGGUUUUAUUUAUACCGAGGGGUGUGCAUGGAUCCUCAAGCUUUAUUAUUACGCGAUAGCAGGAACUACAAUACCAGCUAUCAUGUUCCAGCUCAUUUCUGUUGCUAUUAUCGUCUGCUUGUACCAAUAUAUUCACUGAUGAUGUACAAGAUAUAUGCAGAGGAGAAGCUUCAUAGUGAAGAUGUGCAUGUGAUCUAAUAUAGUAGAGUGGGGAAAGAUGGGACACCCUUUCAUUCUAUUUUUCGUCUAAUUUGAUAGUGAACAAGGGCAAUGAAAAGAAAUACGUAACCGUAUCCUUAAAACUCCCACAAACCGUUCUUAAUUGUUUAAAACACGAUCAAGAUAUUUGGAUAUGAUGAGCUAAAGGUGUCCCAUCUCCCCCACCAUACUAAAUGUUAUUUAGCUUUUAUCAAACACAUUAAUGCUUGUAGUUCAUACGUUUAGAUUUAGUGUUUCAGGCACUUGUACGGCAAAUAAAGUCAACUUUGUAAAUAAACGACCGCAAACGA